GACACUCCAGCAAUUGCGACUACAAUGGCAAGUACUACUGCCCCAUCACUGAUGGAUAUUACGACGUCGCUUUCCAAUGGUACAUCAACAUGCGGUGCGGAAAAUGAUUUCAACGUCGUUGCAUUCGUUGUGUUAAUCGUCUUCUAUGUAGUCAUACUCGCUAUCGGUGUAAUAGCGGGGAAGCUUUUCAAGGUAGAGGGCGCCAGCGACACAGAUUUACAGGUGGUAGCGGGUAGAAAUCUUGGAUGGAUUGUGGGCACAAUGACCAUGGCAGCCACUUAUGCCGGAGGGGGAUAUCUGAACGGCCUCGCUGAAUUGGUUUCCACACCUGGAUUGGGACUUGUAUGGAGCGUGUCACCUAUAUGUGUCUUCAUUGGGACAGGGAUCGGUGGUACGUUUUUUGGGGCCCCGCUGCGUAAACAAGAAUGUUUGACAAUGUUGGAUCCAUUUGUGCAGAGGUUUGGCAAAAUCGCCGCAACUUUAUUGUUCCUUAUCACGCUGAUUGGUGACAUUUUCUGGUCUGCAUCUAUAUUAAGAGCUCUAGGAACCAGUUUAAGUAUUAUAGUUGGACUAGACGUCUGGCUUGCUAUUGUGAUAUCAGGGGGAGUUGCCAUUCUAUACACUGUCGUUGGAGCCAUGAUUGCAGUCGCAUAUACAGACGUUGUUGAACUUGUAUUCGUUAUAGUUGGCUUUUGUAUUACAAUCCCUUUCGCACUUCAACAUAAAUCAGUGGACGUCAUUGCUUCAACAGACGCCUACCUUGGGGAAAUUAAUACGAUUAACAUGUGGAUGUGGAUUGAUUAUGCUCUUCUUUAUCUCUUCGGUGGUAUUCCAUGGGCGUCCACGCAACAGAGGUUCCUUUCAGCAAAGUCGGCGACACACGCUGUUGUGAUGGGUUGGUUGGGAGGAUUCAUUGUUCUUAUUAUAGGAGCGGCACCUAUUGGCAUGGGAAUUAUUGGGCUCUCAGCAAACUGGAGCAGAACAGAAUUGUGCGAGGAUCCCGUUGCUAUGGGACAACAAGCUAUGAUGCUUCCCUACGUCAUUUAUUAUCUAACACCAUACGCUGUGUCAGUCGUAGGUUUAGGUGCAUUGGCGGCAGCCGUGAUGUCUUCCGUGGAUUCGUCCGUGUUAAGUUCGAGUUCAAUGUUCACCCAUAAUAUCUUCAAAACAUUUUACGAAUUAGCCAAUAGAAAGCGGGCGUCUCAGAAACUACUGCUCUGGAUAAACAGGGCAGCCAUUCUCGUAGUGGGAGUAUUAGCAUCCCUGGUCGCCAUCUUUACUACAUCCAUAUUUGGCAUGAUCACCAUGGCAGUAGACAUCGUAUACGUCACAAUGCUCCCACAGCUGAUUUGUUCAAUUUACAUUCCCUUUACCAAUGGUUACGGAGCUCUAACUGGAAGCGUACUUGCGUUGAUUAUACGAUUAGGGGCAGGCGAUGCGUUCAUCAACCUUGACCCCGUCAUUCCAUUUCCCGGUUGGAUACCUGGCGUUGGUAAUUUGUUUCCAGUACGUCUACUCUCAGUCACACUGUGUUUUUUCGUGACACUAAUCGUGUCAGCUAUUUUCAAAUACAUGUUCGAAUCAAAAUGCAUACCUGUCAAGUAUGACAUUUUUGAAGCAACGCAUACAUUUGAAGUUGAUUGGAUCGAGGAGACAGAGCAUGUAAAGACAGACGACGCCGUAUUCGAACGCGAAGAUCAUGCACAUGACAAUUUGGCAAUGACGCAUGUCGAUCAGGAAUUUAACAAAAAAGCUGAUUUAAAACUUGAUGGCGAUAAAAAGAAGAUGUCAAUGGAUGGAUAUGAAACUUACCGAUUCCGAAGUAACGGUGCGAAAUGGGAUCCUGAAUAUGCCGAAAAGAAGGAUUUUACACACAUAUAAAACUCAAUACAUAAUAGAUAGUACAGUAACUUUGACGUUGUUGUACAUCUAUUUAUAUAUUAGGUAUUGUAAUAUAAUACGGAACGUCACAAUAGCUAAUACAAUUGAUUUACUGAUCUAUAUUGGGUUAUGUAUGACCGCUAAAAUUCAUAAAUGCAAAUAGUGUUAGUGUCUUAAUAAAUUAUUCGUAAAACAAUAGUUGUACUUUAUAUUACCAUUCUCAAUUGUAAUAAAAUUUGUCCUACCACCGCACAAAUUGACUAGUUUACAUAUUGUUGCGCUUACAAAAUAAAAGCACCACCCAAC